UUUGUCGCCCGCGCCGCCGCUGAGGCCGGGCGCCCCACCAUGCCGCGGGCCCCGGCGCCCCUGUACGCCUGCCUCCUCGGGCUUUGCGCGCUGGUGCCGCCGCUCCCAGGGCUCAACAUUUGCACCAGUGGAAGUGCCACCUCGUGUGAAGAAUGUCUGCUAAUCCACCCAAAAUGUGCCUGGUGCUCCAAAGAGGACUUUGGCAGCCCAAGGUCAGUCACCUCCCGGUGUGACUUGAGGGCAAAUCUCAUCCGAAAUGGCUGCGGAGGUGAGAUCGAGAGCCCGGCCAGCAGCGCCCGUGUCCUGCGGAACCUGCCUCUCAGCAGCGAGGGCUCCAGUGCUGCGGGCUCUGAUGUCAUUCAGAUGGCGCCCCAGGAGAUUGCCGUGAGCCUCCGGCCUGGUGACCAGACCACCUUCCAGCUGCAGGUUCGCCAGGUGGAGGACUAUCCUGUGGACUUGUACUACCUGAUGGACCUCUCCCUGUCCAUGAAGGAUGAUUUGGACAACAUCCGAAGCCUGGGCACCAAGCUCGCUGAGGAGAUGAGAAAACUCACCAGCAACUUCCGGUUGGGCUUUGGGUCUUUUGUUGACAAGGACAUCUCUCCUUUCUCCUACACGGCACCCAGAUACCAGACCAAUCCAUGCAUUGGUUACAAAUUAUUUCCAAACUGCGUCCCCUCCUUUGGGUUCCGCCAUCUGCUGCCUCUCACUGACAGAGUCGACAGCUUCAAUGAGGAAGUUCGGAAGCAGAGGGUGUCCCGCAACCGAGAUGCCCCCGAGGGAGGCUUUGACGCAGUCCUCCAGGCAGCUGUCUGCAAGGAGAAAAUCGGCUGGCGAAAGGAUGCCCUUCACUUGCUGGUGUUCACAACGGAUGACGUGCCCCACAUCGCGCUGGAUGGAAAACUGGGGGGCCUGGUGCAGCCACAUGAUGGCCAGUGUCAUCUGAACGAGGCCAACGAGUACACUGCAUCCAACCAGAUGGACUAUCCGUCCCUUGCCUUGCUUGGAGAGAAGCUGGCAGAGAACAACAUCAACCUCAUUUUUGCAGUGACGAAAAACCACUAUAUGCUCUACAAGAAUUUUACAGCCCUGAUACCUGGGACCACGGUGGAGAUUUUACAUGGAGAUUCCAAGAACAUCAUCCAGCUGAUUAUCAAUGCAUACAAUAGUAUCCGGUCUAAGGUGGAGCUGUCGGUCUGGGAUCAGCCUGAGGAUCUCAAUCUCUUCUUCACUGCCACCUGCCAAGAUGGCGUAUCCUACCCAGGUCAGAGGAAGUGUGAAGAUCUGAAGAUUGGGGACACGGCGUCCUUUGAGGUGUCAGUGGAGGCAUGGAGCUGCCCCAGCAGACCCGUGGAGCACGUGUUCACCCUGCGGCCUGUGGGGUUCCGGGACAGCCUGCAGGUGAGGGUCACCUACAACUGCACCUGUGGCUGCAGUGUGGGGCUGGAGCCGGACAGCGCCAGAUGCAGCGGGAACGGGACCUACAUCUGCGGCCUCUGCGAGUGCAACCCCAGCUACCUGGGCACCAGGUGCGAGUGCCAGGAGGGAGAAAACCAGAGCGUGUACCAGAACCUGUGCCGGGAGGCAGAGGGCAAGCCGCUGUGCAGCGGGCGUGGCGAGUGCAGCUGCAACCAGUGCUCCUGCUUUGAGAGCGAGUUCGGGAAGAUCUAUGGGCCUUUCUGCGAGUGUGACAACUUCUCCUGUGCCAGGAACAAGGGCGUCCUCUGCUCAGGCCAUGGUGAGUGUCACUGCGGAGAAUGCAAGUGCCAUGCAGGUUACAUUGGGGACAAUUGUAACUGCUCAACAGACAUCAGCACGUGCCAGGCCAAGGAUGGGCAGAUCUGUAGCAACCGUGGGAACUGCAUCUGUGGGCAAUGCCAGUGCACAGAGCCCGGAGCCUUUGGGGAGACAUGUGAGAAGUGUCCAACCUGCCCAGACGCUUGCAGCACCAAGAGAGAUUGCGUUGAGUGCUUGCUGCUUCACUCAGGGAAACCUGACAAUCAGACCUGUCAGCACCUGUGCAAGGAUGAGGUGAUCACGUGGGUGGACACCAUCGUCAAAGAUGACCAGGAGGCUGUGCUUUGCUUCUAUAAAACUGCCAAGGACUGCAUCAUGACGUUCAGCUACGCAGACCUGCCCAGUGGGAAGACCAACCUGACGGUGCUGAGGGAGCCAGAGUGUGGGACUGCCCCCAACGCCAUGACCAUUUUGCUGGCCGUGGUCGGCAGCAUCCUCCUGAUUGGGAUUGCACUCCUGGCCAUCUGGAAGCUGCUUGUCACCAUCCAUGACCGCAGAGAAUUUGCCAAGUUCCAAAGUGAACGCUCCAGGGCACGCUAUGAGAUGGCUUCAAACCCCCUCUACAGAAAGCCCAUCUCCACUCACACUGUGGAUUUUACCUUCAACAAGUUCAACAAAUCCUACAAUGGCACCGUGGACUGACAGCGCCCCCUCCCAGAGAGGUACAGAGGGACUAACAAAAAAGACUGCCAGGCCUGGACAGCUGCUCACGUGAUCACGGCUCCCUAGAUAGGCAAGCACAGAGAAGCCCUUCCGGCCAGCCUGGGCAAGGAGCCCACCACCUGCCCAGGAGGGCGCCUGGCCAUGCCACCUGGCUGCUGGGCCAGAGCCACGCAAGGCCACCUCCCCUCCAAGCCUGGAAAAACAAGAGGACUUGGCGCUCCUGGCUUUCUCCGCCAUGUCCAGCGUCUUGUCCUGAUGAACUGCUGGGAUGCUGGGCUGCUUCUGCCUCCCUCGCUGGCCAGAGAGAAGGCUACCGGGAAGGGCCAGAGUGUGCAAAGCCAACCUGUGGCCUGAAUUUUUUUCCCGUUGGUCAUUUUUAUAUGUAAUAAAAAGAUCAUGCAUUUAUGGAGUAGUUCUGAGGGCUGGGAAUCCUCCGCCUGGUGUCGUGCCCUGCACAUGGGUGUUGGUGAUGGAUUGUUAGGUGCCUGUUGAAGGUACAUAGUUUGCGAACGUCUGUUUUCCUCUCCUGUCCGUGUUUGUUUAGUACUUUUGUAAUGAAAUGGAAAAAGGUUGUCUGCAAUUGAAAGUAAAAAUUCAAAC